UGCCUAUCCUCCGUAGUUCUGCAUUAGCAUGCAGCUGACACAUUAUUAAGCCGUUCUUAUUGAUGAUCUCACUGACAAACUUUAGAAGACUGAUAUCAGUGAGUGAGUAUAUACUGGCGGGGGACAUGAUACAAAUCAGUGACUCGCACAUUGUACCCAGGUCUCACUCUAUGAGUAUGCUGUUCUCUUUCUGAGCGACUUACGUUGAUUGUAAACUACUUCAUACGAACAAUAAACGACAAUAUGUAUAUUUGUAGUCCAUACAUUAUAUGUAGUUUCUCUCGUUGAACUACAGUAUGAUAAACUAGAGUUUAUCAAGCACUGAAUAGAAUGUCAUGUCAUUCACUUUCACAGUGAUUAAUUUGAUUGACAUGCUGGUAUUAAACACCAGGUGUUGCAUUGAUCUGAUACUUCAACAGCUGCAGUCAAUGUUACACCCUAGCGUCUGACGACAUGUGUUUUAUUCUGCACAGCCACACCCGGUCAGUCUUCAGGGUAAAUGGGCUACUAAGUAACAUCACUGAACAUAUGCAUGCAUUGAACAGAACUGGAGCGUUUAGGCGAGCUGUUAACUACGGAGCACCAUCAGGGACACGAACACAAUAUUUUUAUUGUGUGAGCUCGAGCGUGUCAAACGUUAUAAUGUGUUUGGUUCCAAGGCCGGCGUUAACAAAUUUAGUUAUUACAGGGUUAGGGGCUGUAUUUUAAUAAUAGUGUCAGCUUGUGAAACCUGAAGGAAACUCUAAUGCUGAUUGACACUAUACUGGCAAAUCUGGGGACAGGACAUUUCGACAAGUGGUAGGUUUAGGUUAAACAUAUUUUAUUCAUCUCGAAAGAAUUGCGCACAACUUAGAACGCCCUUUCCCAUAGUUACAUGUAUGAUUAUUUACAAUUAAUACAUUAAAUAGCAGAAAGAAAAGAUCAGAAAUAGAUAUCUGUAUGCUGAACGUGACUUGGCACAUACACACACAAACACACACACACAGAGACACACAUACACAGACACACACACACACACACACACUACACAGCGUCCGAUUACAUCCUCACAGUAACGAUAACAAAUUUAUGUUUUUCUAUCUACCGACGGUUGUUGUGGUUGAUCGCGUUACGACUGCGAAGAGGAAGUAAUAUAACAAGUGGCUACUUGUGCAAUUCAAACACUACAGCACACAGUCCCCCAGUGACAUGUCAGUCAUGGGACCGCCUUUCUUUGGCAUGCCAGGAUCCAAUGAUCGUGGCUUCGGAGUCAAGAUUCCCAUGGUCUCACCAAGGUACCAGACAACAAGCAUGAUGAAAAUAGCUGCUACAAUUAUAUUAUAUGUGAUUGCAGGUGUUGUGUCAGGUGCCCCCAGUGCCACUCCAGUGUUGUCUCCAGUGUCUGACACAGCAAGGUUCAGCUGGGACAUUCCACAGGGAGGUCUGGGGACAGGUGUCAGUUUCUACACUGUCAGUCCUGCUGGUGCUGCAGUGUUUAUAGUGUUUAGUGACGGGACGUUCAACCCACUCCCCGACUACAGAGACAGACUGGUGUACCAGGGGAACAGAGCAGCCAGGAAUGUCACCUUCAGCCUCAGCAACAUCCAGACAUCUGAUGCAGGGACAUACACGUGUGGGAAUGGACAGGCUAGUGCUGUGAUACAGAACUGUGGACAGAAGCUUGUUGUCCUGGGCAAGCCAACCACUCCUGGCCGUCCAGUGUCCACAACUCCUGUCUACAACCAGCAAGUGACCUUGACCUGUAGCUCCACCUCUACCUCUGUCCCAGCUGACUAUGGUCUGACCUUGACCUACACCUGGCAGCGUGACAACACUGACAUCACAGUUACCUCCCCUGGUUCCCCCUACAUCUUCACAGUGAGUUUCCGGGACAGUCACAGCUACAGAUGUAGAGCCAGAGAAAGUCAGGGUCCGGAGUCAGAUUGGAGCCAGGGGUACAACAUGGAGCCUCAGUACGGGCCCUACCAGAUCUCCCUGACCCCCUCCACCUCCUCCUACACUGUGCCAGAACACCAGGCUCUUCCAUUAAUCACGUGCUACGCCCUCUGUAGACCCGGAUGUACCUACAGGUGGUUACACUAUGGAACAACUGUCAGCAGUGGAGCCACACUCCAGGGACAAGCUGACAGAUCUAAGACAGGCUCCUACAUAUGUCAGCCUUCUAAUACACACGGGAGUAGUGUCAGUGUUACAGUCAGUGUUGAUGUUCAGUAUCCUGCCACAGUGAGUAUGUUUACUGCCAACUCUCUCGGUGGUUCAGUGACUGUUAACGAGUCGGAUCCAGUGACCUUGAGAUGCCAGGUUGAUAGUAAUCCAAGGUCAGUCAUCAGGAUACUGAAUGGAACUGAGGAGUUGACAAGGGCAGAUAACUCCCUGACAUCAGAAUACAGACUCGAGUCAACAGACUGUAGACAAAGAGGGAACUACUCCUGUACUGCCAGUAACAACAUCGGGGCACCUGUCAGCCAAGGAUUGGAGAUGCUGGUCAAAUGUUCUCCCCGACUUGAUGAGACAGUGCCCCACCAACUCAAGUAUGGCGCUAUACUUGGUGGUAACGUGAAUGUGACUGUGUCAGUCCUGGCCUACCCCCGUCCUACAUUCAUCUGGAGUAGAACCACCAGCAUCAGCCAGGACCUCACUGGUUCCUCCAGCCCUGUCUCAGACAUCUCAGCCACUGCCAGACUACACCUUACUAACCUCCAACAGCAGGACUUCGGGGACUGUCAGUUAACAGUGGACAAUGGCGUGGGCAGGGGACUGUUUUAUACAGUCAGGAUCGUGUCUGAAGGUUCUGCUGAGACACCAUCGGUUUACCACUCUCGACAAUGCGAACAUAAUGUUGAUCAUGGCAACCUUGGACAUGGAGAACACUUGCAGACAUUCCUGGUUGAGCGUGUCCAGUUUACUUUAAGAACUGCACAACAUACCGAAUACAGACAGGGUUAUGGUUGUGGAAGUGAUAUGUUUGCCCCGAGAAUAUAAUCACCAAAUUAUACCACAGCAACUAUACCACAAAUACAGCCUAUGGUCAUGUUGGUCAUAUAGGCUGCUAGGUAUACUUGUGACUAAAGUAGGAUCAAGGCAACCUAAUUAUCUCGCUUUUGAAAUUACUAGUUUUGUUAUUAUCUAUAUGUGUCUACUUGCAACAUAGAAGAGAAACACUAUGGAUAUUGAUCUGUGAUACUAAAACCAAGUUGUUUCUUAUUCCAUUUCAUAUUUACGUUUCGUAUGGGAACGUUUAAGGGGGGUAGAAUAUCCUUUUUCCCCGUGUAUAGCUAAACAAAAGCAACAAAACAGUUUCACUGAAGAAUGACAAAACAUGAAAGACUGACGUCUAGAUAUCAGAUGAAAAUGAUCCCUCUUGACACGAGCCACACUGCCAUAAUGAAUUCAUAAACAUGUGGAUUUUGUCAUAUCAAUACUGAUACAUUUUCAUUACAAAUAAAUUCAUUCAGGCGUGAACAAUAUUAGUACUAUAGGAAAGUGAAAUUGCAUAAGUACGAACAGGAAUCGCCAUGUGGCUACUUGUUUUUAAACAUGUGUUUAUAUCCGUUCAGAUGCUGCCGAUUCCCCAGACAGUGGAACUGCAUGGACUGGAAUAAUAGCAUGGACUGCAACAGGCACUCGGAAGCUUGCUUGUACUCACAGUAGGAAUUCUUAUGAUGCUGUUACCCAGAAACAACUUUAUAUCUGUAUCUACCAAUCAGCUGUGAAAUAUCAGGGUGAACCUAUGCUUAAAAUGUACUGAGUAAUUCAUUAAUUCGUAAAGACAAUGUGAUUUUUAUUUGAUAAAGUGCGCUAAAAUAAAGUGUUACAAAAACCGUAAACCAUAUGAUCACUAAAUUGUAGCAGUAAAGAAACAGAACAUACUAUGUCGUUCGAUUGGCUUCGUGAUAUGACAGUUUCCAGAAGGCCGGCUCUGCCUAUAAAAGAGUGAGACGCGGGCGAUUCGAGGUCUUCUACAACCACCCCUGCGUCUGUUGCGCUUGUUCAGACGGGCUACCUUUCUGAGAACUCCAACUUCCUGCCAGCUACCAUUACUGUUUCCAGAUUUAAGAACGACGCACAUGGCAACCAAGCCCAGCAGUCGAUACUGAAUAUUUGGUAGUCACACAAACAACAUCACUCACAGUUGAAGAUGUAUGAGAAUACCGAAAAUUAAUUAUAAUUUAUCCAUUAACCCAUGGUAUUACAUUUUCCUGAUUAAUGUGUAAGGAAGAGGUAGGAUAUAUUUUAGAAAAGGGAAAAAAAUAUUUAUAAAGUCGAGCUUCCCUCUACCAAAACAGUUGUACUCAGAGUAAAAGGAAAAACUAGAUGAAGUGAUUGCUUACAUUAUGUCCACCGUUCGUCAUUCUUGCCAAUAAAGUGUCUAUUCAGUUUGAUGCAAACACAUGCUUGUAUUAGUUUUUGUAUCGUUGAAGCCAUUAAAACAGAAUUUACUAAA